AGGAUCAGCUGGGAUUAUAAUUAUUGUGCAGCUGCUCUUCCAGUCUUCUGCUCGGCUUUCUUUGUCCUGUGUCGGGCGUUGUGAACUUUGCCCGUGGUUUAGGAUAAGAAGCAUGAUAACUAUUAUCCCAAGAACAGUUCAGGUGGGGCUGAGCUCAGCUGGGCCCUUGAGAUGUGUGGUGAAGCAGGGACUUCGUCAGACCUUGUGUAGAGCUAGUACUGCUGACCAGACCCAGUCUAGACACUACCAUGAGGUUACUGGUGAUAUCAUCUGCCCAUCCAUGGUGCAGGGCAUCGACCACAUCAGGGACCCCAGGCUCAACAAGGGUCUAGCAUUCACGUUAGAGGAGAGGCAAGCCCUAGGUAUCCAUGGACUCAUGCCGCCAAGGUUCAAGACUCAAGCACAACAGAUAGAAGUGUGUCGCUUCAGUGUCAUGAAGUACCAGGAGGAUCUCAACCGAUAUCUCUACCUAGCUGAGCUUCAGGACAGGAAUGAGCGAUUGUUCUUCCGUUUGCUAUCAGAGAAUGUGGAGACACUGAUGCCAAUUGUCUACACCCCCACUGUAGGUCUAGCUUGUCAGAAGUUUGGCCUGAUCUAUCGGCGGCCCAGAGGUCUCUUCAUCACCAUCCAUGACAAGGGUCAUUGUUAUGAUUUGCUCAAGAAUUGGCCAGAACCGGAUGUGAGAGCCAUUGUGGUGACAGACGGAGAACGUAUUCUAGGACUGGGAGACCUGGGAGCCUGUGGGAUGGGUAUCCCGGUGGGCAAGCUUGCACUGUACACAGCUCUUGCAGGGAUCAAGCCCCACCAGUGCCUGCCCAUCACCAUUGACGUGGGCACUAAUAACGAAAAAUUACUAGAAGAUCCUCUGUAUAUUGGACUGAGACAGAAGAGGUUAGUCGGGCCAGAGUAUGACGAGUUUGUGGAUGAAUUCAUGCAAGCCGUUGUGAAGCGAUAUGGACAGAAUACUCUUAUCCAGUUUGAAGACUUUGGAAACCACAAUGCAUUCCGGUUCCUGGACAAAUACAGAGACAAGUAUUGCACAUUUAAUGACGACAUCCAGGGUACGGCAUCAGUCGCCGUGGCAGGUCUCAUGGCGGCACGGCCUGUAGUCAAGAAGCGCAUGUCAGACAACAAGUUCCUAUUCCUUGGAGCUGGAGAGGCUGCUCUUGGUAUUGCCAACUUAUGCGUGCGAGCUAUGCAAACUGAGGGGACAAGUAUUCAAGAAGCCAGGAACAGGAUCUGGAUGAUGGACAUUGAUGGUUUGCUGGCCAAAGGCAGACCUGAAGGCAGACUAGAAGGGCACAAGCAGUUGUAUGCCAAGGAACACGCAGUUGUCAAAGAUCUCUUAACAUUGGUGAAAGAAAUAAAACCAACAAUUUUAAUAGGAGCGUCAGCAGCAGGGGGUGCGUUCACCCCCGAGGUGUUGAGAGAAAUGGCUAACAACAAUGAGCGUCCCAUCAUCUUUGCUCUGAGCAACCCCACGAGUAAAGCAGAGUGUACGGCAGAGCAGGCCUAUGUCAACACUGAUGGACGGUGUAUAUUCUCCAGUGGGUCUCCGUUCCCCCCAGUGGAGUAUAACGGCAAGACUUACACCCCAGGGCAGGGUAACAAUGCCUACAUUUUCCCCGGAGUAGCUCUCGGAGUCAUCGCUACUGGUAUACACCACAUUACUGAGGAGCUCUUCCUGAUAGCUGCACAGACCGUUGCUGACUAUGUCAAGGAGGAAGAUAUCGAGAGGGGAAGUCUCUACCCUCCACUGAACAAGAUCAGGGAAUGUUCUGCACAAAUAGCUACUAGAAUUUCAAUUUAUGCUUAUGAGAAAGGUAUCGCUUCAACAUACCCAGAGCCAGUGGACAAGAGGGCGUUUAUUGAGGAGCAGAUGUAUGACUACAACUACGACUGCCCACUGCCUGCUACCUACCAAUGGCCUGAGGAAGCAAUGGAUCACGACGAUACCGUGUCCAAGCUUGAGGACCAUCCCGGAGACCAUCUCAAGCACAAGUAGACACCGAACUCAUCCCAACGCAUCUAGUCAGAUGGCUUUGUGAACAGCUGGAAUACGGUUGCAUUUAGUGCUGUGCUGAUAUAACUCCAGUCGGCAGUUAUCUCCCCGGUGAUGUCUCUAAUUAAUGCACCCUUUAAACGUCUUGUCUUUAAUACUGCCAGCCAAAUUUAGUAAUUAAUACUACCAAGCAAUUUUAAGAGCUUUCAUUGAUUAGUAUUUCAGUUUUAAAACUUCAGUAUUGUGUUUCUUACAGUGUUUUUUACAAGUUAAUUAUAUUUGUACUUUAUUAUGGUGGUUCAUAUGUUUGGAAAUUCAUUCAAACCCCUCAUUAGAACAGGAAAAUUACUGAAUAGGGGUCAUUGUAACACUGACAAAUUAAAAAAGAUACUUAAAAAAAUUCAAGAAACAGUGGCCACAACGUAAACAGGGAUAACGACUUUAGUAAAAUAAUUUUUAGUAUUUUAUUUAUUUUUAAUCUGAACACUUUUAUACAAUGUAAUAUUUAUAUAUAUAAGGUAUUAUUAUUAUUUAUCCCAUUCUAAAUGGUAAUUUUAGUUUAUGAAUUAUUAUUGUGAUAAAAGUACAACCAGUACGGAAAAGAUCUGUGUUUUAAUAGAUUAGUAUCUGUAAGAAGCGGUGGAAAUAAAUUUUAGUAUUAUUCAAGAAUAUAAUCAACAAGUUUCUAUUAGGUUAGUCUAUAAAACUUUGGUCUAUCUCCGAUCUAUGAAUCUUCUUUUAAAUCUGUACUUAUGAUUUGCAAUAUUUUAGUAUUAUCACUAUCAGUAUUAAAACAGUACAACUAGCAAAAGUAUGCAAACUUUCAAUGCCGAACUAAAAGUAUUACCAUGGAUCAAAACUGGUACCUUUGUGUUUGUCUUUAAAUUAUUCUCAGAAUUAGUAGAUAUCUAAUGUAUUUUUAAGUUUAAGUUAUGUUCAAUAAUAAUUUAUUCAAACUAUUUUACCUAUUAUUUUGUUGGUUACAUCUGAAGAAGAGCUUUUGUUAAGUGUUGAAGAAACACUGAGUGUGGUGUUACUGUUCAGCCAUCCAGUAUGCGUUGUUUCAUAAUUGUAAUCAUAUCAAUAAAAGACACUUGGUGUUAAA